AUGGCCGUGGCAAAUGACUCUGUGGUAACUGAAUUUAUUCUCUUGGGGCUAACAGGACAGUCCAACCUCCAAAUACCCCUGUUCCUACUCUUUCUAGUAAUGUAUAUGAUAACAGCAUUGGGAAACUUGGCUCUCAUAAUUCUCAUUGUGCUGAAUUCUCACCUUCAUACACCUAUGUAUUUUUUCCUUUUUAACUUAUCCUUUGUAGAUUUUUGUUACUCUUCUGUAAUUACACCGAAAAUGUUAAUGAACUUCAUACUAAAGGAAAAUUUCAUCUCCUAUGUAGGAUGUAUGACCCAGUUCUACUUAUUUUGUUUCUGUGUCAUUUCUGAGUGUUAUGUCCUAACAUCAAUGGCCUAUGAUCGUUAUGUAGCCAUCUGUAAUCCACUGUUGUAUAAUAUUUCCAUGUCUCCCAAGGUGUGUUCCUAUCUUAUACUUGUUUCAUACUUCAUGGGGUUUUCUGGUGCCAUGAUCCACACUGGUUGUGUCCUCAGGCUGACCUUCUGUGAUGGGAACAUCAUCAACCACUAUUUCUGUGAUGUCCUCCCUUUGCUGCAGCUCUCCUGCACUAGCACCUACAUUAACAAGAUAGAGAUAUUUAUUGUAGCGGGAAAAGACAUCAUUCUACCCACUGUCAUCAUCUUUAUCUCUUAUGGCUUGAUCAUUUCCAGCAUAUUCCAAAUGAGGUCCAAUGAGGGCAGAUCAAAAGCCUUCAGCACUUGCAGCUCCCACAUAAUUGCUGUCUCUCUGUUCUUUGGAUCUGGAGCAUUUAUGUAUCUCAAGCCCAACUCAGCUGGACCAACAAAUAAUGGAAAAACAUCUUCAAUAAUUUAUACCACUGUAAUUCCCAUGAUGAAUCCAUUAAUUUAUAGCUUGAGGAACAAAGACGUUAAAGCUGCGUUAAGAAACACUCUGAGCAAGAAAGUGUUUUAA